AUGACCGUCAAGCGCCCCAGCUUCCCGUCCAGGCGAGUCGAAUUUAUGAAGAGGAACAGGGCGGCCAGAAAGCUAGCUGAGAAGGACAAGCUGGCUCGCGUCAGCUUGCCGAGUCAACAUAUUGGCAAGAUGAACGGGCGCAACGAUGCCGCCAAGCUAGGUGAAGACGACGAGACGGAUCGCGCCACAAUCGACUCGCAAGAGCAAGCAGGCGCGGUGCCAAGCUCAGCCCAGCAGGCUGUCGAGGCACUCCUCACUGAUGAAGUCAACACACACACCGUCAGUGAUGUCGCUAGGCGAGACGACGACCCCGACUUCGACCCACAGGACAUGUGGACUGCGGACAUAGCAUCGCUUCUGUCCGCCGAUCCGACGAACUCGCCCCUCCCGCAACGAGGGCCCUCCAGCACAGCACACACGUCUGCUUCACCUAAGAGCGUCAAGAAGCAGCCCAAGCUCAGACAUCUGCUGCACCGCCCGCGGGAGAGGAACAGGGAAGCCAGCAUAGGAUAUUUCUUCCACAAGAUCAGGAGGCGCCAGCUGUGGGACACAGAGGUCAAGAAGGAAGAAGCCCCAAACGAAACGCAGGAAAGCCUCAGCUCCACUGCUCCUACCUCUGCGCCUAGCCCUGCUCCCUUCAAUCGAGCCCCACGAUUUCCUCCCACACCCUCACCCUCGCCUUCACCAUCGCCUCUGUCAGCUGCUGGCCAGCCCACAUUGCCUGCCUUCACCUUCCGACCACCAACACCGCUCCUCACUCCACCGUACUCCCUGUCUUCGACCUGCCCUUCUUCUCCAAAGUCGAACGCAAUCCUGCAAGACGCUACCGAUCUCGCUUCAAGUCUUCACAGCAUCAGCACGCAGCUCUCCGAGGCGCUGCUGCAGUACGACCGGCUCUCGUACAAUCUCGGCCUCAGAGGUCUACCACAGCUGGAACAUGAGGAGAAGAUCAACGGCUGCGCUGAGACGAUGAGGCAGCUUGCGAGGUGGGGCAACUUGCUGCCUGCGACGCUGCAGAGGUAA